AUGGAUCUGACUCCUGUACCAAUCCCGCUACUCGGUGCGACGUUCGGGGUAAUUCUCAUCGGAGCCAUCCUUUCUGCCGUUCUAUUCGGUAUAUUAAAUCUCCAGUCCAUCUGGUAUUUCAAGCAAUACCCAAAUGACUGGUGGCUCUAUCGACUCGUUGUGGCAGUCAUUUGUGUCCUGGAUACACUAGAUGCCGCGGUUAGCACUCACGCGUUGUAUUUCCUUCUCAUCGAGACUCGGAUAGUGGGCAAGUUCCUAGCUUUGGAUCAACUUAAUAUCAUUUGGAGCUGCAAGUUGCACGUUCUUCUUGGAACUUUGAUCAAAAUAGCGGUCCAAGUUAUAUAUACCAUACGGCUGUGGAAAGGUGCUGAUGGCCAGUCCGACAACAUUUUCAUCUCAGUCGAGUCAUACCCUGGUUUCUUGCCAUCAUCACAGCUUGUAAUGUCGGUAUGUGAACCUCGGAUGCCUUCCAGCGCCGGAAUAUAUCUAGUUUACGGAGACUACAGUGUUUCCAACUUCUCCGACAUUUCUACUAUCAAAAAUGAAAUCAUCGCGGUGGUCUCGACGAGCACGGCAGUUGAUUUUAUCAUAUCCAUCACGAUGUGUUAUUAUCUGAACAGAAGCAGGGCUGCUUCAAUGUUCCCCAAUACUAUUACGACGUUGGUUGCGCUGAUGCGGCUGAUCCUGAUAUCCGGGUUGGUUACGAGCAUGUGCUCUAUAGCCACUCUUAUAACAUUUCUUGUUUGGCCAAAUACACUCAUAUUCAUUGCGAUCGAUAGUAUAAAGCCCAGAUUGUUUACCAACUCUUUGUUAGCGAUGCUCAAUGCACGAAAGGAGCUCCGAAAGAUCCAGAGUUCCGAGUUCCUGGAACCGAAAGGUGAAUCUCAGCCGGGAUCUACAUCUGGAUGCGAGUGCAGCAGGGAAACGGAGAUGUCUAUCGUUAUAUCCAUGAGGAUCGAGUUAGAAUCGGUUUAACCGCUAAGCAUCAGUCCCAGCGCCUUAGCUUUGCAAUAGAUAAUUUAGAACCUGCAAGCAAGGACAAUAGUCUACAAUAGGACGAUCUAUCGUAGUGGGACAAUGUUAAAAGCUUAUUCCCCUCCUCACCAUCCGCUUGCUACGGUCCCAAACUCGUGUCCAGCUCGUUCUUCAUAAGCCUCGGAUUCCGUACGGAUGAUUUUCCCGUCGGUAUUUCGCUCCAAGCACUAGUAGUGGCGAAAACAGGGCAGUGCCUACGUUGACUAGACCACGAACCAGCGUGAAGUAAACGAAACCUCGGCCUUUGAUCUAUACCAGGUAUCUGAGUCUCCAGCAAUUCUCCGGUAGGGAAUCGAACCCUCUCGUACC